UGCUGUGCUAGCAAUAUGUAACCAAUACACGCGUGCAGAAUAAGCUCCAUGUGCAUCUUUCAAACAUUUGCCCACCCCCUUAUUCAAGCUUGGCCGAUGUCAAAGAUUUGGCCUUAGGGAUUGUACAUUACUUACAAUAGUAAUAAUAAUAUGUGAUGCAUGUCUGGGCCAGACUGGAGACAGAAAACCGACAAACUGGACUCAAACUGGCGAGCAGAACAGGCAGACCAAGAGACUGAAUACAAGCCAAAACCAGAAGCAGACGCUCCACCUGUACCGGCCAUAAUCAACUUUAUGACUGAGAUAAGCAGGAUAAACCUAAUCAUGAAGUGGCCGAUUAUUGCAAGUCUGGCCCUACUUUUAGUCGGCCAGGUUAGGGCUCAGGAAAUGCCCUACGAGCAUCUGUUGGCCCAGCUCCAAGCAUGUCCAAAAGAGUGCCGCUGCUCCCCAAACAUCCCUAAUGCCGUUUACUGUGAAAACAAGAGCCUGAAAUACAUCCCCACCAUCCCUCCCUACACCUGGUAUCUGUACCUCCAGAACAACCUGAUCGAAGGGCUCUCAUCCGAGGCUCUGCGCAACGCCACACAGUUGAGGUGGAUCAACCUCAGCCGCAACAAAAUCACAACCGUGGAGGCUGACGCUCUCAAGAAUUUACCCAACCUUGUACACCUCUACAUGGAGGACAAUUUGUUGAGUACCAUUCCAUCUCCUCUGCCCGGCAGCCUCGAACAGCUACGGCUUUCCCGGAACAAAAUCUCAAAGAUCCCACCCGGAGUCUUCUCGGGGAUGGACCGUCUCACCCUGCUGGAUCUGCAAAGCAACAAGCUGCAGGAUGACGCGGUGACUGAGGUCAACCUGAAAGGUCUUAGCAACUUGAUCCAGAUUAAUUUAGCGAAGAAUCAGUUAAACAGCAUGCCCCUCGGCCUACCACCAACAACCAGCCAGAUCUUCCUGGAUAGCAAUAACAUUGAAAAGAUUCCCGCUGAGUACUUCAAGGGUCUUCCAAAGGUGUCAUCUCUCAGGCUUAACCGUAAUAAGCUGGCUAAUGGAGGCAUCCCAAAAAAUGUCUUUAACCUUUCUAGCAUAUUGGAUCUACAGCUCUCCUACAACCAGCUCACUGAGAUGCCUGUCAUCUCCUCUGGCUUGGAGCACCUGCAUCUGGAUCACAACAGGAUCAAAAGUGUGAAUGGCUCUGACGUUUGUCCACCUGGUGCACUCGAAGACUACUACAAUGACAACGGCCCUCGUCUGCGCUACCUUCGCCUUGAUGGGAACGAAAUCAAGCCUCCCAUUCCACGAGAUCUGAUGAUGUGUUUCCGUCUCCUCAGGGCGGUUGUCAUAUAAAGGCGUGACACAGGACACCUGUGAGACACUCCUGUCCAUAACAUCUACCAGAACUGAAUGGGAAUGGAAACAAUGGUACAGUGUUACAAAAAAAUGGUCUUAAGAAAUUAAACUCUGUUAGUUCCCUGCUAAAGACAAAGACACUAACUUAAUGUAUUUUCAGCCUGGACCGGGACCGUUUAUGGUAGUCAAUGAUAUUCCGGUGGUGGGCUAGCUAGCGGACUAGCCUACCCUGCUGAAAAAACAGCAUCAAACCAGGAUGGGAAUUAUGCUGGUCUAUGCUGGUUUAGCUGGUGGUCACCAGCAUACCAGCACCAAACCACAACAUAUGCUGCUCUUGCUGAUAUGACAAGCAUGGGAUGUUGGUGCUAAUGCUGGUUUGGUGCUGGUUUAGCUGGUGCUACAGCUGGUGCUGAUGCUGGUUUAGCUGGUGUUUACUAGCAAACCAGCACCAAAACACAACAUAUGCUGGUCUUGCUGGUAUGCAGUUUUUUUCAGCAGGGUAGCCAUAAUUUAACCACCUGUUUUGGCAUAGCUGGUUAAAUCAAUAAGAACACCAAGCAUUCCAUGCUGGAAAACGGCAUCCAAAACACUCAUAUGUCUUUUCAGCCAACCCAUUCUCACUUCCCAA